UCUUAGUUCUAAGUAGUAAAAUAUACAGUUAGCAAAUAAAAGACAUAUUUACUAGUAAGAAGGAAACCUAAAAAUUAGCGGUAAAUUCUAUUUUGACGUAAAAAACUGAAAUGCAGUCAUCCUAUCACGACAAGGAUAAACGUAAAUACGGCGCUGUGAGCUAUGAACGAAAAUAUCUAUUGGAUCCCAAGUACAUGACAAAACGAGAUCUACAACAUUAUUAUCGAUACUAUCACAAUGCCGCAAAGGGCCAACGACAAUGUAAAAAAAUUGUAUUCAUCAUAUUGUGUGUGUGCUUUGUUGCUUAUCUAUUCGUUGAUUAUAAUCUUCGUUCCAAAAUUAUCCAGUUCCGUGAUCGUUUCGAGUUUAUGGCUCGCGUUGAUGCAGACUACAACGUAACACAGGCUUAUUUUGUUGAUACGCCGGGUUGUCAUAUGCCCUACUUUGACGUCAUCAACUAUCGCAUUCUUCAAUAUAUGGGUUCACCCCCAAAUUUGACAUGUGACAAAGCACUUACACGUACAAAAGAUGUCGGCUCUCAUUUGUGGUGGGCCAUGACGGACGAGGAGGUGAUGCAUCGGUACCGAAUAAACGAUACCAAGAGCAUCAACUGUCAUUAUGCAGUACUCAAACACAAUCAUACAAUAUCAAAAAGUACUUUCCAAGGAGUAGUGUCAUUCAAAUUGCUUUAUAAUCAAUCAAUCGAAAUGGCCCCCGAAACUGAGUUUAUUAGAGUUCGUUGUUCAGACACUCCGAAACAACAACACUUUUACGAAGACUACCAUUUCUUUGCUUUAAAUAAAAGAAACACCAAAAAUAGCUCAAAGGCAAAGUCAAAAAACACUGCUAAUCAUAAACAGCUUCGAAGCGAACAAAGCAAAGACAAAUCAAGUAAUAAAUCAAAUGUAAAAGAUGACGCUAGUGAUGAUCAUUCUCAAAGGCUUUCGGUUAUGAUUCUUGGUAUUGACAGUGUAUCGCAUUUGAAUUUCUUGCGGCACAUGAAACGCACCACCACUUAUAUUCGAAAACGUCUUAAUUACGUAGAGUUCUGGGGAUUUAACAAAGUGGGUGAUAAUACAUACCCCAAUCUGAUUCCACUUCUUACGGGCUUGGCAGCAGAUGAACUGAAACUAUCUUGUAUGCGCACAAAGGAAUUUCAGUACGUUGAUGACUGCCCGUUUAUUUGGAAACGAUUUAAAGAAGAUGGAUAUAUGACGGCUUUUCUUGAAGACGUGGCCCGAACCAGUCUAUUUAGUACCGAUUCGAUCUUCAAUCAUCAACCUACUGAUUAUUAUAUUCGACCCAUUGCUAUGGAAAUGGAGAACAAUAUUGGUUACUACUACUCAGUAAAUGUGGAUUUAUGUAUGGGAGGGCGACGUACCGUGGACUUAGUCCUCGAGAUGAUCCAUAAACUAACACCAUUUCUACAGACCGAUGACUUCUUUUCCUUCUUUUGGCUAGUUUCCAUGACACACGACUUAAUAUAUAUGCCAAAACUACUAGACAAUGAUUUUGUUGAUUUAUUUGAACGUUUCCAAGCAUCUGGAGUUUUGAAUAAAACGAUCAUUCUACUAAUGAGUGACCAUGGUUUGCGCUGGGGAUCAUUCCGUCGAACGUACCAAGGCAUGAUGGAAGAGCGCCAACCACUCCUCAUUGCCAUAUACCCAUCCUGGUUCAAGCAAAAAUACGCUGAAGCCGUUGCCAAUUUAGAAAUCAACUCCAAGCGAUUAACAACUUUCUUCGAUGUAUAUGAAACAAUAUUGGAUAUUCUCAAUUUAAAGAAUUUGCGACCCUCGAAUAUACAGUCGCGCGCUAAAGAGCUCCGCGACUCUGAUAUAAUGCCUCGAGGUAUAAGUCUGUUUCUUCCCGUUCCAGAAACGCGGACUUGUGAGAACGCAGGAAUUGCAUCGCACUGGUGUACGUGCUAUCAACGCUCUGAAAUGCCAACCAAUGAUGGUCGCGUUCAAGCAGCGGCACGAUACGUUGUCAAAUUGAUCAAUGAACAACUGAAGCCGUAUCCACAAUGUCGGGUUCUAUAUUUAAAUUCCAUACAGGAAGCAGUUAUAGCAGCGCCACAUCACACGAUUGUCAGGGAUAUCAGCAAUGAUUAUGGCAUUGACAUUACAUUGCGGCUGCAAACUAAACCUGGUUUGGGUCUCUUUGAGUCAACAGUGCGCCUGGCAGGUUACACAAAAAAUCUAACCGGCACCAUUAGUCGCCUUAAUUUAUAUGGAAGUCAAAGCUAUUGUAUUAAUAACAGUUCACUUAAAAUGUAUUGCUAUUGUCACAGAUAAAACCCAUAGAAAAAC